AUGGAUGCAAAAGGAAAAGAACCACUUCUAUUACGUGACGAAGACAAGCUUACCAAAUUAACUUUACUAAAUUUACGUCCUGAACAAGUAAUAGUAAUAUUUGAUAAUAAUUUUAAUGAAUUAAGAAGAUUUUCAUUUGAUAAUAGAAAUAAAAUAUUUGAUGAUAAUAAAAUAUUAUGCAAAAUGGCCGAAAAUGUACCUGAAUCACUUGAAACAAUUGAAAUGAUAAUGGGAAUAAUUAGUUUGAUAGUUUAA